GGGAGGAGGCGGCGGCGGCGGCAGCAGCAGCAGCAGCAGCAGCAGCAGCAGCAGCAUGCGCUGGGCGGCCCCGCGGCUCCCCAGCGGGCGAUGGAGCCGUGCCCCCGCCGCAGCUGCCCCAGGAGAUGGCGGCGGCUGUGGCGGCGGCGCUGGGCGCUGGCGGCCGGGCUGCUGAGCGCGGCGCUCGCUUUGUUCGCCUGCCUCCGGCAGCCGCAGCCCCGGGUCCCGACAACGGGCCGGGCGGGGGACGAGGUGACCGUGCUGCUGUGGUGGGAGCCCUUCGGCCGCCCCCGGCGCCCCGCAGACUGCCGGCGGCGCUACAACGUGACGGGCUGCCGCCUCAGCGCCGACCGCGGCCGGCUGGGCGAGGCAAGGGCCGUGCUCUUCCACCACCGCGACCUGGCCCUGCACGGAGCCCAGGGGCUGCCCCGAGGGCCCCCGCCUCGCCCCCCGCGCCAGCUCUGGGUGUGGAUGAACUUCGAGUCGCCCUCGCAUUCCCCCGGCUUGCGGGGUCUGGGCGGCGUCUUCAACUGGACCAUGUCCUACCGGAGGGAUUCGGACGUCUUCGUGCCCUACGGGUACCUCUACGCGCUGCCGGAGCCCCGGCCCUUCGUGCUGCCCCGCAAGACGAGGCUGGUGGCGUGGGUGAUCAGUAACUGGAAUGAGGAGCACGCCCGGGUGCACUACUACCGGCAGCUGAAGGAGCACCUGGCCAUCGACGUGUACGGGGCGCAGGGGCUGGCGCUGGUGGAGGGCAGCGUGGUGAAGACGGUGUCAGCCUACAAGUUCUACCUGGCCUUCGAGAACUCGCAGCACACCGACUACAUCACCGAGAAGCUCUGGAGGAACGCCUUCGCCGCCAGCGCCGUGCCCGUCGUCCUCGGUCCCCGCAGGGCCAACUACGAGCGCUUCAUCCCUGCCAACUCCUUCAUCCACGUCGAUGACUUCCCCAGCCCCAGGCUGCUGGCCACCUACCUGAAAUUCCUCGAUAAAAACAAGCCUAACUACAGGAGGUAUUUUGCCUGGCGGAAGAAGUACGAGGUCCACGUCACUUCUUUCUGGGACGAGCAUUACUGCAGGGUUUGCGAGGCUGUGAGGACAGCUGGGAAUCAAGUCAAGACGGUACGAAAUCUGGCCAGCUGGUUUGAAAGCUGAUGUUCCUGGUGGGUGAGGCUUGCUUGGUCAGCCUCUCUGAGCAGCAGCCUUCACUAAGGCAUGAGGAAGGCUGCAUCUCGCAGAGAUCACCACCUUAGCAAAGUUUGUCAUCUGUGAGAGAGAUGUACGUAAAUAAGCUGGGGAAAAAAAAAAAUAAAAAAUGACAAAAUGAAGAUUUUUACUACAGGGCAAAAUCCUGAAAGUACAGAGAAACAUCAGGCAAGAGGAUUCUUCAAGAGCAAAGUUUAAUUAAAGUUCCAGAAGUCAUGCAGAUCUGAAACCUUCGCAGUUGUGCACAGCUAAAUGUAAAUAAAACAUGCCAAGUUCCUCGGCUGUACAGCUGAAACCAAUUUUGUCAGCUAUGACAGCUUCCUGGUCUGUGAAACUUUCUUCUGCUUAUAGGGGAUACGUGAUCAGUGCUGGCUUUCUGCAUUCCAAAGACAAAAGCAAAUACUUUUAACAGUGAUUAUUAAGAAAAUCAAAGUUAUUUGCCGACAAAUGCUGAGCCGCAAGUGUUGAACGUAAGAAUGUGAUGAUACGGUAGCACUUUUUAGCAGUGCUAAAUUGCAGCAGCCAAAUAACAAUUCCUUGAGCCAAAUAAAAAUUCCGUUUAGGAAAAAGUGUAUGGAAGGGUCUGGGUGUGAGUGGAACCAACAGCUCAGAUGAUAUAAAGUAUUUCUUCCACUCCUUACCCAAACCAUGAGCACAUUUGUCCUGUAUGAAGGCAGAGAAGAGCCGCAAGUACAGGAAAAGACAGAAUGUAGAAAUAAAGUUGGAAUGUUUCCGCCCUCCCUUUUUUCAGGAAUUUGAAAAUGUUUACAGGAGUCUGCAUGUUUUUCUCUGCAAAAUUACUGCCAUAUAGGAAAAAGCAGGGAAAGGCUCAGAACCGCAGGGUUUUUUAUUACUGUAUUUAAUAUGUAUACAGAAAGGCUAACUUACUUCUCUAGUAUCAUUCAAAUGUCUUAUUGUAUAGCAAAUGCGUUGGUGUAUGGCAUGGAUUUUUAAAAAUUCUGCCAGGUGACAGACUGCUCAGAAUGCUAGCUCUCUGUUUGUGAAACAAUAAUUACAACAAAAAUCCCAAAGUCCAAGUCUCAAAUCACUACCUUCCAGAAGGGAAAUUACUGUAGAGAAUACAAUCUAAACCGUUGUUAAAUACAGGUUGUAUGAGGGAAGUAUAUGAAAAGGGAGAGGAAGGAUUUCUUAUCUUUGGUUUUGAAGGUUUCUUCCGCCUUUUUUUUUUAAUGUAUAACUAGUUUUCUAGGCUAAAACUUCCUUGUGCACUGCCUACCCAGAACAUUUACAGGAGGCGUUCCCUUUUAGACUCUGCCAUCCUGCUGGACUAAGAUCUUUGGAGCGGUCAGUGUGUGGUUACUUUUUGGUUAUUUGUAAUCUUGCAUACUGAAAUCCAGAGAGGGUCUUCAGUUGCAGUUACUGAUCCACAGGAACCUCAGCCCUUCCUGCCCUUUGCAGCUGUAAGAUUUGGUGGCAAAAAAAAUGAUAACCUACAAGAGUGCUGUAAAAAUCAUUAAGGGUUUCAUCCUGCUCCUAUUUAAGGCCAUGAAAUUAUCCAGAGACUUCACUUGGAGUAAAAUCAUGGACACAGAACAGGUGGGGAAAGAUGAGUUAAUUGCAAAUUAGAGAGAGGUCAGUUUGUUGCCAUUUGCGAGUCUUAUUUAGGUUAGAUUAGGAUUACACUUGAUGUGAGCAAUAAGGAAUGUCAGGUUAGGUGCUUGGAGCCAUCAGCUGACAGCCUACUGUAAUUUAUUGUAAAUUACAUGUUCCCAUGAUUAGGUAAGCACGGAACUAAAGAUUGCUGAAAAAAAAAUCUGAAAUAAUGAUACAGUUUGUGAAUAAUUUGCAGAGAUCUACGCCUUCAGAUCUUGGUGGCUCCUGUUUUUAUUCUCUCCUGCUUUUGUGGAAGGGAAGAUGGGUAAAAGUACUUCAUGAACGUGGCUGUUGGUCAUGCCAGAGUUGCUGCAGAGAUUUUAUCAGGAAAGCAGAGAAGACGAUCAGCUCAAUGCAGAGUGCAGUAGAGGUGCUCCCUACUUACUGCUGCGCUUUCAUUUAAACAGUUCCAAGGGAUUCUUUAAAGCAAAGGCAUGCUCUUCAUUGCACGGUCGUCUGUUUCUCUGCCAAUGGUUAAUGCUCCCAUAAAACUGAUUUUGAUAAUUUUUAAAGUAGAAAUCUAAGUAUAACAUUAACACUAACAGCCAAGUGUCAGGUUAAUAGAAUCUCUCUCUUUGAUUUAUCCAUUUUUUUCUUUUUACUGUUUAUCUCAGUUCAUGUAAGCAUAUACAAGCAUAUACAGUGGGUCUAUGAAAAUGAAGCAAGUUAUCUUCUAUUCUAAAUAGACAAAUCUUUUGUAACACAUUUUGAAAAAAACUGUUUUAUUCCGUGUAUUAAAAUGUUGGGGAGGAGGGAGAGAAAGGAAGAUGAUUAUGUUCUGUUUUUCGGAAGGAGAAGAAUUGAUAUCACCCUUUGAUUAUAAGUGGAGUAGAGAACUGUGAUCCUUUCAGUUACAUAACGUGUCUCAGGGAAUUUUAUACUGUAAAGUCUCUUCAUCUUCAUAGAGUGGAGUAACUUUGUAUUAAUCAUGUAGAUUAACACUCAAUAAAAUUACAGAAAGGAAGU